AUCAAAUCUUGUGUUAAGAUAAAUUAAUGACAACGUGUAGUUAAAUACACGCGUAUCGCUCAUAUAUUAUUUUUCUCGAAAGCUACUGCUUGAUUUAAAAUUUUUUCUGUACUUUUUACUAACUUCUUAUGAAGAAUCACAGUUUGCCGGUUAUACCAUGAUUUGAUUACCAGAAAUAUUGUUAUGGGUGACGCAGAAAGAAAGCAGGAUUUACAAGAGCAAGAGUUGGCAAAGAAUGCCGUCUUGGUUUCCACCAGUUCUUUGUCGCCUUAUACAAAUCCAGUAAAAGGUUAUGAUUUUAAUAAGGGGAUCAACUAUCACGAACUGUUCGCGACCAUGGCAAGUUGUGGAUUCCAAGCCACAAAUUUUGGACGAGCGAUCGAAGAAGUGAAUCGAAUGCUGCGCCAAAGGAGCAUACUUCUCAUGGGAGAUCAACUGGAUGAGUCGGAAGAGGAUGAAUUUAUAAAAAGGAAAUACCACUGUACAAUAUUUCUGGGCUAUACGUCGAAUAUGGUGUCCAGUGGCAUAAGGGAUGUCAUAAGAUUUCUUGUACAACAUAAACUGGUAGAUUGUCUCGUUACCACAGCUGGUGGAGUGGAAGAGGAUUUCAUAAAAUGUUUGGCGCCCACGUAUGUUGGCAGCUUCUACUUGGACGACAGAAAGCUCAGGGAAAAUGGACUUAAUAGAACGGGAAAUUUAUUGGUACCGAAUGAUAAUUAUUGUCUGUUCGAGGAUUGGCUAAUGCCGAAGUUAGACGCGAUGCUGGCUGAACAAAAGGCGAAGGGCACUUCAUGGACCCCGUCUAAAAUGAUAGCUAGACUCGGCGAGGAGAUCAAUCAUGAAGAUUCAAUCUACUAUUGGGCCGCGAAAAAUAAAAUCCCGGUGUUUUGCCCGGCAUUGACCGACGGUAGUCUCGGGGAUAUGAUGUUCUUCCAUUCGUUCAAAAAUCCAGGACUCGUCCUUGACAUUGUCGCGGAUGUCAAGAGAUUAAACAGGAUAGCUAUGAAAGCGGUGAACAGCGGUAUGAUAAUUGUCGGAGGUGGAGUGGUGAAGCAUCACAUCUGCAAUGCUAAUCUCAUGAGGAACGGCGCGGACUACGCCGUUUUCAUCAACACCUCUUCGGACUUUGACGGCAGCGACAGCGGCGCCCGGCCCGAGGAAGCGAUUUCUUGGGGAAAAAUUCGUAAGGACGCCGAUCCUGUUAAGGUGUGCGCUGACGCUACUUUGGUAUUUCCACUGUUGGUGGGAGAAACUUUUGCAAGAUUUCAUCAUUCGGGGAAGAUAGGGGAUUAAGAAUAAGUAAAGACAAUAUUUCAAUUACGAUGCGGAUAAGAUGUAUAGGAAAUACCAAAAGUAACGUAAUAAUUAUAAUUGUCUACACACUCAUGUAUACAAUCAUAAAUAUUAAAUUUGUAUAGAAAAA